CACAACUCCACCACUUCGACAUACACAAGACGUUUUGUUUAAUUUGCCCGGAACCUGCCCCUCCUGAAUAAUACACAACCUACCUGUGCGAUCCCUCAUCUCCACCGAAAUUACGCCCGUUCUUCGUCCAGCACACAGCACGCGACAUGAGCACGGCAACGACGGCGACGACGACGACGACGACGAAAAAACAGGCGAUUCUGCCGGAAGAGGGAAAGCGAAAUGUCUUGAUCACUUCGGCCCUGCCGUACGUCAAUAACGUGCCGCACUUGGGCAACAUCAUCGGGUCCGUCCUGUCAGCCGACGUCUUUUCUCGCUACAGCAAGGCGCGAGGCAACCCGACCCUUUACAUUUGCGGAACAGAUGAAUACGGCACUGCCACCGAGACCAAGGCCAUCGAGGAGGGUGUGACGCCGCAGCAACUGUGCGACAAGUACAAUAAGCUGCACAAGGAUGUCUAUGACUGGUUCGAGAUCGAGUUUGACCAUUUUGGCCGCACUCCCACGAAGCAGCAGACGGAAAUUGCCCAGGACAUCUUCACCAAGCUGAACAAGAAUGGGUAUUUGGAGGAGCAGACGACGCAACAGCCAUACUGCACACAACAUAAUUCUUUUCUGGCAGAUCGAUUUGUCGAGGGAGAGUGUCCGCUAUGUGGCUACAAUGACGCGAGAGGAGACCAAUGUGAUAAGUGCGGACAUCUGCUAGAUCCUCUGGAGUUGAUAAAUCCGCGUUGUAAGCUGGAUGGCGCCACCCCCGAAGUGCGCCAGACGAAACACAUCUACCUUCAACUCGACAAGUUGCAGGAGAAGACGGCAGAGUGGAACAAGAAGAGCCAGGUCGACGGUGUGUGGAGCGACAACGGCAUCAACAUAACAAAUGCAUGGAUCAGAGAAGGCCUGAAGCCUCGCGGUAUCACCAGAGAUUUGAAAUGGGGUACACCUGUCCCUCUUGAGGGAUACGAUGACAAAGUCAUGUAUGUGUGGUUCGAUGCUUGCAUUGGCUAUGUGUCCAUCACAGCCAACUACACCGAGCACUGGGAGCAGUGGUGGCGAAAUCCAGAGAAUGUGAAGCUUUAUCAGUUCAUGGGCAAGGACAAUGUGCCUUUCCACACCGUGGUCUUCCCUUCAUCGCAAUUAGGAACUGGAGACAAGUGGACUAUGCUCAACACGCUUUCGACGACCGAGUACCUGAACUAUGAGCAUGGGAAGUUCAGCAAAUCAAGGAACAUUGGCGUGUUUGGAAACAGUGCCAAGGAAACUGGCGUGUCACCCGAUGUGUGGAGAUAUUUCCUCCUACUCCGACGACCAGAGACCUCUGAUACCGAGUUCGAGUGGGAUGGGUUCAUCGCAGCCAACAACAAUGAGCUUGUUGCAAACUUUGGCAACUUCGUCAAUCGUGUCCUCAAGUUCGUCAACUCUGCCAACUACGACAGCGUCAUCCCGGCCUGGCCCAAAGACAGUCUGCCCGAGGAGGUCUCGGCCGGCCUCAAGAAACAUCUGGUCGACACAAAUGAGAAAUUGAAGCAGUACAUCACCGAGAUGGAUGCUGUCCACCUCAAAGGUGCUCUCAUCGUGGCCCGCGAGAUCUCCUCACUGGGUAACCUCCUUCUGCAAUCAAACAAACUCGACAAUGCCCUCUUCACCAACGAACGGGCCCGUUGUGACGCGGUCGUGAACAUUGCCGUCCAACACAUCCAUCUCCUGGCCUCGGUGAUCGCUCCUUACCUACCACUCACAACAAAAGCUAUCCUUUCCCAGCUGCAAACGGAACUCCUCAUCAUUCCAGACGACUGGAAGGCAGAAAGCAUCCCAGCAGGACACAAGAUCGGCAAAGCAGCCCAUCUCUUCAAGAAUAUCAAGCCCGAACAGGCCCAGGUGUGGAAGGAGAUGUUUGGUGGAGAUGAGUUAAAGAAAGCCAAGGAAGAAGAGGCGAAGAAGAAGGCUGCGAGGAAAGCAGACAAGGACAAAAAGAAGGCGAAGAAGGCUGCUGAGAGAGCUGCGAAUGCUGAGGGUGUUGGUGCGGGUGUGGAGGCAAGUGCAAGGGAUGGAGUAGAGGCCAAAGCGCAGACUGGUGACGCGGUGGAUGCUGUGACAGAUGGAGUGAAGCAGAUGACAUUACCGACUUCUUAGCUGGAGUGGGUGGAACUUACCUGCUGUUCUUUGUUGUCGAUCGAAUGGCUGCGAUGAGAAUCCAGGGUGAACACCCAUAUUGUCUCGAGUCUGCUAGUGCCACCGUGAGAGCAGAAAGAAGCCGAUCAAUAAUGAGCUCGCGUGGAGUGCCAUUUAGGGCCUUUCAACCUUGUCAACGCCUCGUUGUCAGUAGUGGUGUGAUGUGCCGUAGCGAGCAGAUAUGCUGGGAAGUCCGAGUCAUCCGAAAAUGCAUUUAUCACCAAA